GGUCAGGACCUCACUAAUGGUGUAAAGGAACAGAAAGCAGCCCAUCUUCCCCAGACUGUCUCUGCUUCAGCUGAGGGCAAACCCCCCUCCCUCAGCUCCUUCGACUCAGGCUUCGAUGGAGCUGGGGGCUGCCAGUUGGAGGCCUGGGGGGGGAGGGAAGGAGUGGAGAGUCUGUGCGCAUCAGCUGGGAUUAGGGACUCUGUGAGUCAGCCUCAAAUCCACGAGGAGAACAUCUCCAGUGUUUCCGAUCCUGAAGACCUCAGAGAGCAGUUUGGCUCCUUGGGGAACUCAUCCAGGGCGAGCAUCCACAUCAUCCCUAAAGUCACCGUGGAUUCUCUCAACCUGGAGAUAAAAGUGAAGCGCUCAGCUGCCCUACCCAGUAACCCCUGGCUCAGCUUGCCGGUGGACAAUCUGGAGAACUCGUACACGGUUACCAUCACGCAUAACCCGACGCCGCACAAGGGAGACCUUCAGUUGGAUGGCUCCGACCCCUGCAGGUGCCGGGACCAGCCCACACAGACGGACGUGUUGAGCCGCACACAGCCCACAGACUGGGCCCUGCACUCUCAGAGCAGCUUAGAGGACCCUGAACUGAGUCCCAUUCGCAAAGUCCUCUCCAGCACUAUCACAGAGGGCCGAGAGCGCUCCAUCCUCACCACAGAGGGGGGCCCCACUCUCCUCUGGGACUCCUAUGACCUCCAUGAGCAGGUUCAGGAUGCUGUGGAUGGUGUGAUGGAUAUCUCUCUGAAUGACUGGGAGGUGAAGGAGCAGGAGGGUCUGAGGGAAGUGGAGCAGAUCCUGGUCAGGGCGGAUGAAAUGCUGGAGAAAGAGGAGAACGUCCUAGCUCAGGAGGCGGUGCUGGAGGCCCUGCUGAGGGCCGAGGACAGGCACCAGUGGCCCCUGUGGGACAGCGAGUCGCAGCUCAGUGCGAUGUCCUCCAGUGAGCUGGCAGAGGCUGGUGUUCUGGGUCUCCAGGAUGACCUGGACCCUGCAGAGUCCGACCAACUCAGUGAGCCCACAUCAGCUGGGUCUGCGGGUGGAGCUCAGGCUUCUGAAGAUGAGGGGCUCCACACUGAUACAGCAGUUUUUCACAGCAGGCCGGACCUGCUGACGGAGUUAAGGAAAGUCCACAUCCUGGAUGAGCUGAUCAUGGAGGAGAACAUGAAGAUCCACAAGCUGCGGAGCUGCAUAGAAAGCCCAGAAGAGUCUGCGAGCAAACCUUCAAUCACAAACGAGACGAACAAAGAGAGGCAGGCAUUCAGGGUACAACUGGAGAAGGAGAAAAGGGAGGUGGAGAAGCUAGAGAAGAGCUUGGACAACGAGCAGAGGGUGAAGAAGCACAAGGACGGCGUGAAAAAGGUUGUAAAAUGUUCUAUUAUGGAGAAGGCUAGAAGUGAGACCAAGGAGGACAAAGCACUCUGUGAUGAGCUCUUAUCAGGAGGUUGUAACGGAUCACUGAGAACUCAUCCUACAGCUUCAGUCCACACUGAUCCCCAGAGUCAGGAUUCCUGUGAGGCUGAACAUAUUCUGUUAGACCCCGAUGCUGCCAAAGAGGCUACCCCACAACACUUGGUUCAACUUCCUGAUUCGGAAUGUCAAGAGGAUAGCCCUGAAGCUGAGCCGUCAGUAUUUCAUAGACAUACUUUAAAUAAUACCUCUGAUUUAAAGGUACCUCACAAAGAGCUGUGUAUCCAACCUCAGGGAUGUAUCUCCGAUAACGAACAAGACGGAUCAAGUGAAAAGGCUUCUCCAGCCUCUGAAAUAAAGCUAGAUUAUGGAUCAUUUGACCCAGGAGGAAAACCCUCCCAUCUUCCCGUGCCUAAGCCAAGGAAAGCUUCCCUUCCUGUGAACAACAACCUCCAACAUGAAUCCCCCCACUCCUCAGAGCUGCAGAAUCCAGAGCGGCCCGCUGUUGAUCAAGGUCCUGGUCCUGUGCAACGUGAUCUGCAAGAUGAACCACAUGAUGCACUGCCAGAGAAUGUGACUGCAGCUGUCCUUCACAGCUUUGUUCUCAAUCCAAAUGUGAAGGAGCACACUAACAACAACAAUAACAACAACCAUGCACUCACUGAGGAGUGCAACAUUUCUUCAGACACUGAAGAUGAAGGGGGUGCAUCAGUGGGAGGUGCAUGUUUGCGCCAGACAGAUUUGCAGCCAGCAGAGGAGGUGCAGCCUCUAUCUCCUGCAGCGGUGCCCUCAGCCCCCCAGCUGCCCCCUGCCCUGCCCCCUGACCUGCCUCCGGAGGUUGCACCUGGAGGGAGAGUGGACUUCCUGGAUGCUGUUCAGAGCUCUGAAGCCAUGAGGGGACCAGGCUCAGGGAUCCAAGCCCAGCUCAACAUCAACAUGACGCAGAUGACAGAUUUUAAGACCCCCAUAGUUCUGGAUACGGGCUCUGGUUUGAUGAAAGCAGGAUUUGCAGAUCAGGACCUCCCAAACAUUAUAUUCCCAACAAUCAUUGGGAUGCCAAAAUACGAGGAAAUAAUGAACGGUAACCUUGAGAGGGAGACCUACAUUGGACACGAGGCUCAGCACAUGAGGGGGGUCCUGGCUCUGAGGCAUCCCAUAAAGAACGGGAUCAUUCGCAACUGGGACGACAUGGAAAAGAUUUGGCAACACACGUUCCAGCAGCUGGGUGUGGACCCGGACAAUCACCCUGUCCUGCUUACGGAGGCGGCCAUGAACCCCCUGGGGAACCGGCAGCGCAUGGUGGAGAUCAUGUUCGAGUGCUUCAAUGUUCCCUUCACAUACGUGGCCAUGCAGGCCGUGCUGGCCCUUUACGCAGCGGGGAGAUCCACCGGUGUGGUGUUUGACUCUGGAGACGGGGUGAGCCACAGCGUGCCAGUGUUUGAGGGAUACUGUCUGCCUCAUGCAGUGCAGCGCUUCCCUCUGGCUGGUGUAGAUGUUACAAUGCAUCUGAAAAAGCUGCUGCAGGAACAAGGGGUCAGCAUGCGCACCUCAGCGGAGAUGGAGAUAGUGAGGGAGAUGAAGGAAAAGUGCUGCUGUGUGGCUCUCAACUAUGAAGCUGAGCUGAGUCAGGGGGAGGCGUCCAGCGCAGAGAUGCAUUACAACAUGCCGGAUGGACAGAUCGUCACCCUCAGCUCGGAGAGGUUCAGGGCCCCUGAGAUUCUCUUCAAACCCGAGCUGAUUGGACAGGACCAUUAUGGGAUGCAUGAGAGCGUUUACAAGUCAAUCCUCAGCUCAGACAUUGACCUGCGGCGCAGCUUCCUGGGAAACAUCGUCCUGUCAGGCGGAAACACUCUGCUGCCCGGCCUUCCUGAGCGGCUCCAGGCUGAAAUCAAAGGACUGGUUCCCACGGACACGGGGGAGAACGUUCGCGUCACCAGCCCCAAGGACCGAGACUUCUCAGUGUGGAGCGGGGGGGCAGUGCUGGCCAACCUGCCCACCUUCAGCUCCGCCUGGAUCAGCCAGGAGGAAUACGAGGAGCACGGGCCGCAGAUAGUCUUCAGGAAGUGCUUCUGAGACGGCCUGAGGAACGUUAAGUGCAAUAUCACACAGCUCUAAUGCAGUGUCAUGGAUAGUAUGAGCCAUUAUAAGCCCUUUUUCAAAUAUUUGUCUUUUUAUGUAUUAAGUUUACCCUCUCUUAAUUAGUAUGGAUCCUCAUUUGUGAACAUUUAAGAGACACAAGGGUUUCCCUUGACCUGCUGCUCUUUUGACGGCUUUUCUACUUUGAUCCACAAAACCUGGGAGGGGGGGAAACUGGAGUUAGUGUCAUACAAUUCCUGUCAGUCCAUGUUAUUGUCCCUCAAUACAUUUGACCUAUGUCUAAAGUUUCCUAUUUGGGAAUAUAUAUAUAUAUGUCUCAAUAAUUUAAGCACAAGUGUAUUGAUGUUUUUGGGACUAGAAUUGAAGCUGGCCUUUAAUCGAUGUCUGCCAACUUUGUUUCCAGGAUAAGCAUAUGAGGGACAUUAGGAGAACUAAAUAUGCUGACUCCAAAAAUAUGUAUUAAUCUAAUAUCAAAUGAUGUAUUUAUUCAACAAUUCUUUUAAAUUAAUUUGCUACAACAAACUGUCUUUAUGUGUGUUAUACAUGGUGAUGGUUGCAUUCAUUUUGAAACCGGGGCCAGUGCAGCUGUGUCAUGUUCACAAUGACACAGCUGCACUGGCAUUCAAUCAUUCUUACAAUGAGUUUUAUGGCCAAUGUUAGGACAAACAUGUUCUGAUGAUACCAUGACGUAGUACUCAUGACGUUGCUCUGUUUCCCAGAUUUUUUUCUUGAAAUGUUACUAUUUUUUUUAAUGACAUUUUUAUUGUAACAUUACAACUUUACAUUACUUUUUAAGUUUUUUUCCCUGUGUUUAUAUCCUGAUGUUUUCAAAGUAUUUUUCAUGAUUGAACAUUUUGGGGUGUAAUGGUUUAUUCUCAAUUUCUUACAUGUUUUUUUUUUCCUAGCAGUGGCCCUAGUAAUUCCAAAUCAAAGCAAAAACAUAUUUGAACAAGACCACUUACUGUUGCAGUAAUAUUUACAGGAGGGAUGAAAUGUGGAUUUGUGUUAUAAGAAGCAUGUGUUCUAGAAAACUGCUGAGUCAUGUGUUACUCAGAUGUUGCAUGAUCCUGCACUUAAGUCAACUUUUGGUUAGAACAUAUGAAUGUAUCUGGUAAGGAAGUGCAGAUCCAUGGAGGAAGAUGUGAUGUACAGUAUGGACGUGGUGUGCCUGUCACUUGAUCUCAGUCUGUUGAAUCAGCAGGUACAGUGUGGUGUCUAAAGUUUUCUAUUGGAGUGCAGUGUAUUGCCACUAAUUUGUUUGUUUUUUCUCAAAUGUUAUCUGAGAUGAAAACCGUGUUUGUGUGGGUUUUUUAAACUUGUACAGUAGUGUCGAUAUCAGUGAAGUGUGCCAACCGUGCCAAAACGUGUACGUUUUUAUUUUUCACCAUGGAUCCUAAAUGCCCUCUGCCGAACCUGUGUAUAUUUAUACUGUUCUUUUUUGACUGUUUAUCAUUUGCAUGGAGUUGUUUUGUUGCAUGUUUAUUUGAACCUUUUUUGCAUGUAUUCUUGUCUUUAUGUUUUAAGAGGUUUUGUCUCUCAAAGCACAGGGUAAUCAUGUGACCAAAACCAUAGUAUUUAUGUCUAGUCUGUUUUUUUUAAACAAUACAUAUUUUAAUCCUUA